CCCCACUCUCCCAAAUGCAGUGAUUCCAUAGUUAUAGCCUCAUCCUUCUCAAACUAACAUUUUGCCUUUGCCUUUUCAGAGGCACUGAACCACUUAAUACUAUGGCUGGUCCCAAAUUCCUAACCCUUCUUCAUGCCUCCUCAAGAUCUUCCUUGGUCAAGCCCUCUAGGCCAUUUUUUUACAACCCUAUCAAGAAUUACGGGCAAGAAAACAAGGGGAAAAAUGGGCGUUUGAUGGAAGAGAGGGCACCUUCCACUGCUGAAGAAUUCCUGAGAGUUGCAGAGGAGAAGGCCAAGGAAAGCCAACAAGGGGUGGCAAGUCAGACUGUGGAAAAGGCUGUUGAUGGAGCUGAAGAGGCUAUUUUGGGUGACUCAAAGGUUGAAUCAGCUAAGAACAGGAACAAAGAGCAUGAACCUGGCUCUGAUUACCACAAAAAGGUUGAUUAGGAACCUUCUGAGUGUAUGCAGCCAGAAUAAGGGACAUGUCUUGUGUUUUGUUUUGCAGCAGAAAGAGACCAAACAAUUGAGAAACUUUGAAUUGAGUCUAUAUUUAGUUAAAAUCAUGUCAGCUAUUGUAUCUUAAAAAGUAUCGUAAUUUAAUGGGAUGGGAACUCAUGAGUCAUGAAUAUGCAUUUAAUUGAAAUUCUGGAUUUGGAAGGCUAGACUCCAUUGUUUGGUUGAUUGAUAGAGGUCAUCUUUGUAUUUCUGUCAGGCACACACUAAAUGUUGUUUUAGUAAAUACAUGUCUCUUUGUGUUAUUGGAGUGAAGAUUUAAGUA